GGACACCGGAAGCCGCCUCCCAUUCGUCGGCUCUGCGGCGGUUAGCGGGCCUUAGGGGUGAGAAGCCGGCUUCCACCGCGGUGUUCGACGGGAUGCCGGAGGCUAAGGGGUGGGGCUGACGUCAGGAGCCAAGAUGGCGGCGGCGGUCGGGGUCUCCUUGAAGCACGGCUUCCUGGCUACGGCUGUCGGCCGAGUCGGCCUGCAGUUUCAGGCCUGCCGAGGGGCACAGACAGCUGCUGCUGCAGCUCCCCGAGUCAAAAAAUUUGCCAUUUACCGAUGGGACCCAGACAAGACUGGAGAUAAACCCCGAAUGCAGACUUACGAAGUCGAUCUGAAUAAGUGCGGACCUAUGGUGUUGGACGCUCUGAUCAAGAUUAAGAAUGAAAUAGAUUCCACUCUGACCUUCCGAAGAUCAUGUAGAGAAGGGAUCUGUGGCUCUUGUGCCAUGAACAUCAACGGAGGCAACACUCUGGCGUGCACUCGUAGGAUCGACACGGACCUCAACAAAGUCUCAAAAAUUUACCCUCUUCCGCAUAUGUAUGUGAUCAAGGAUCUAGUCCCUGAUCUGAGUAACUUCUACGCACAGUACAAAUCCAUUGAACCCUAUCUGAAGAAGAAGGAUGAGUCCCAGGAGGGCAAGCAGCAGUAUCUGCAGUCCAUCGAGGACCGGGAGAAGCUGGAUGGAUUGUAUGAAUGCAUCCUGUGCGCCUGCUGCAGUACCAGCUGCCCCAGUUACUGGUGGAACGGAGACAAGUACCUGGGACCUGCAGUUCUCAUGCAGGCCUAUCGCUGGAUGAUCGACUCCAGGGACGACUUCACAGAGGAGCGCCUGGCCAAACUGCAGGAUCCCUUCUCUCUCUACCGCUGCCACACCAUUAUGAACUGUACCCGGACCUGCCCCAAGGGUCUGAAUCCAGGGAAAGCCAUUGCUGAAAUCAAGAAGAUGAUGGCAACUUACAAGGAGAAGAGGGCACUGGCUUAACUCUCUCCGUGCUGAAUGUGCCUGUCAGCUCCGACUUCAAACACCUGGAUUCUCCAGGAAAACAGCAUGUAUAAUAAACAUUUUAAGAAAUAA